CACCUGUUGGGGGGUUGAGAGAAGCAGAGCCCACAGGGGCCUCUCCCCGCUGCAUCCCCGCCCGCCUUCCGGGCUCGGGUCCCGCCCCCGCGACCGCAGCCAGCAGAUCUGCCGCGAGUGAGCGCGCCACUGCCAGAGAAGCGCAGGACGGCAAGAGCGCACGGCGGCGGGGACCCUGAGCCAGGAACCAAGCGAAAGCAGGGGCCGCCCCCGAGGCGGGCGGAGCAGAGGGACCGCCGUGGAGACACCCGGGGCAGCGGGCCGCGCCAGGCCGGUGAGUGCGGCUGUCGGCUGUCGGGUGCCGGGAGCCAGAGAGCUGGGCGCAGUGACUCCGCCACCUCCUGCCCGUCCGGUCUCGUCCCGCUCCCAAUCACUGCCCCCACCGCCCUCUGUUCCUGCACCUGCUUGAUUCUUGUCCUUUGCCUGCCCUAUUUCAGUCUGUUUUUGCCUGUCCCAGUCUCUCCGUCUCUGUGUCUCGCCCCAUCUCUUUCUAUUACCUCUCUUCUGUCUGUCUUCUGCUGCGUCGUCGGUCUUUCCUUAUCUCUCUCAACCUGUCUCUAUUGGAUUCACUCUGUCUCUGUCUCUAUCUGGACUGCCUGUCACUUACAUCCUUUAUUUCUUGUUCUUCUCUCUUACCCAAUGUCAUUCUACCCAAUGUCUAUCAAUCUCAUCUUUUCCCAUCUAUGUUUCUGUCUAAUCUCUGUCUCUCUCCAUCUUGGUCUCUCUCAGGUCCACUUCAGUCUCUCCUUGUCCCAUCUCCAUCUCUAUCUGUGUAUCUCUGUUAUAUUCAAUCAAUCUCCCCACCCCCUCUCAUAUCUCUCUUCCCCUCUCCUCUAUCUCCCUUGGUCCUUGUCACCCUCUAUGAUUUGCUUAGCCUCUCCCUGUCCUCAGUCAUGGCUAUUUCUUACUCCCUGGGUCUGGUCUCUGUAUCUCCUGUUUUUUCUAUCUCUGUCUCUGUACAUCUCUGGGAAAGCUCUGUCUUUAUUUUUUUUUUAAGACCCCCUGCAUGUCCCUGAAUCCAUGACCACCUCCCUUGUGUUGGGGGGGUGUAGGGCAGCAAGGCCCAGCACCCAUAAUUCCCUCCCCCACAGAUGGCCCUUUCCUCUGGGCCCCGCCUGGUAGCAGGGCCGACCCCAGCAGGGGGACUGCGCCUGGAAGCUGUAAUGGAGGUCCUGCAGAGACAGCAGGCUGCUCGUCUGGCCCAAGGGGUGGGGCCCUUGGUUCCUCCACAUCCACCGCUGCCAUCCCGACCUCCCUUUCCUAGUCCCCAGACCCUGCAGGCUCCAGAGGGGGCCUUAGGGGAAAUUGGGGCUGAUGAAGAGGAGGAUGCUGAAGAGGAUGAGGAGGGGGAGGAAGCUGGAGCAGAGCAGGAGGCAACUGAUGAGAGUUGUCCAAGGGCCCAGGGCCCCAGCUCACCUUCCAGCCAGCCCCUUGGACCCCAUCCCCACGAGUGGACCUAUGAGGAACAGUUCAAGCAGUUGUAUGAACUUGAUGCAGACCCCAAGAGGAAGGAAUUUCUGGAUGACCUGUUUAGCUUCAUGCAGAAGAGGGGGACACCAGUGAAUCGUGUGCCCAUCAUGGCGAAGCAGGUGCUGGAUCUGUAUGCGCUGUUUCGCCUGGUGACCGCUAAGGGCGGCCUGGUGGAAGUCAUCAACCGAAAAGUGUGGCGGGAGGUCACGCGGGGCCUCAGUUUGCCCACCACCAUCACCUCAGCCGCCUUCACUCUCCGCACCCAGUACAUGAAGUACCUGUACCCGUACGAGUGCGAGACGCGGGCGCUCAGCUCCCCGGGGGAACUCCAGGCCGCCAUAGACAGCAAUCGGCGCGAGGGCCGUCGCCAAGCUUACACCGCAGCUCCGCUCUUCACCUUAGCAGGGCCACCCGCUAGGGGCGCUCCCGGCCCCGCCUCUGGCCCUGGCCCAGCCCCGCCCGCGCCUCUCUCCGGCCCUGGUUCCGGACCCGCCCAGGGUUCCGCCUCUGGCCUACCAGCGCUUGCUUGCGCCCAGCUGAGUCCCAGCCCUAUUAAGAAAGAGGAGAGUGGAAUUCCAACCCCUCAUCUGCAACUACCUGUGGGCCUUGCCUUGGGACCAGCACGGGAGAAGUUGGCAACAGAGGAGCCUCCAGAGAAGAGGGCUGUGCUAAUGAGCCCUAUGGACCCACCUCGACCCAGUGCACCCCCCAGUUUCCUGCCCCGCAGCAAAGUUCCCUUGAGGGAAGAGCGGCUGGAUGGGCCCCUCAAUCUGGCAGGCAGUGGCAUCAGCAGUAUCAACAUGGCGCUAGAGAUCAACGGGGUGGUCUACACUGGUGUUCUCUUUGCUCGCCGCCAGCCUGUGCCAGCUUCCCAGGGCCCAACCAACCCUGCACCCCCACCUUCUACUGGGCACCCUUCCAGCACCUUGCCCUGAGAGCUCCUAUUCAGAACUAAGAGUCCCAGCUCCAUUGCUGAGGGGGGAGGAGGCACCCUUCUGCCUUGAUUCUUUCAGGAUGCUCACUCUGGGACCCAGCCCUGGGAGAUGACCACACCCCACCUCCAUGCCAAAAGGUUUUCUUUUGACGUUCCAUCUACCUCAUUGUAAAAGGAGGGCACCACCUCCUUAGUCAAUUCCAGCAGCAUCUACCAAAGGAUUCUUCCAGAAGCAACCCCCAUAAUCUUGUCAUAUGCCCUUUGUGUCAAUAUCAUCUUUGGCACAUAGCCUUUCAGGAGCCAGGUGAAGGGUUGGAUUGGGUGUUGUUGAAGAUGUCCCUCAGGUUACAUUUCCUAAUAAAGUUGUGCUCCCUCCCACUCCA